UUGACAUUUUGUUUGGGAAAGGAAGUAGUAUUUUAUUUUCAUGUUUUUCAUCUUAUGUUGGAAAAAAUACGUUCAUAUUAAAUUACAAAACAAAAAUAGAUAAUGGCUGAUGUGAUGGAGGCGGUGGAAAUGUACUGUUUCGGUUGUUUGGGCAAUAGCAGUGAUAUACAUGGAUUGCAUCAAUAUAACAUGAAAAAUGGGCCACUGCAAGCUAUAUUGCAGGUUGACAGCCUUAACUUGUGCUACCUAUGCAGAAGAUUGGCUCAAAGAGCGGACACAUUCAUCCAGAAUGUACAGAGCAACCAAAUACUAUUGGAGAAUUUUCAUAGUAUGAUGGGUGAAACACUUCAAGCAGUGAAGAGCCAAAUACAUCCACUGCUAAACCUCACACAUGUGUCUCUCUGUGCUAUAGAUUUUGUGCACAAUGGAGAAGAUGUCAAAUUUGAUAAGUAUGGUGAUCUGGGAGAAUUCAUACAGAAGGAUGAAGAUGAAGAUUUGUCAGGGGCAACAUCCCAAGAAGACAUAAAAAUAGAAAUGAAAGAGGAGGAUGGCGACGGGAUCGAUGACCAUUUGGUAGAUGAUGAUUACCAAGAGGCCUAUUUCAAAGAAGACACAUUCCCGCUAAAGGAAUUGCUUAAGGAGGAAGUGGAGGGGGAAGAAAUAGACUUAAUAAGCCUCAAGAACUCAUUGAAACGAGCUAAAGGCAAGAAAGGCGCAAAUAAAAUCAAAUUAAAUGGUCGAGAAACACCAUUAAUACAAAAAGUGUAUUUAACGACGAAACAAUGUCUGGAAGAGCGGCAGCGGCUGGCGCUGGACCCCAAAUACUUGGACUCUACAUAUAAGUGCACGGAUUGUCUGAAGGGGUUCAACUUCAAGCCGAGCUAUGAUAAGCACAUGGAAAAACACAGUGAGAGCAUGGGGCCGUACCGAUGCGAGGUCUGCAAGCAACGCAUGGACACUGAGGAAAAGCUCGCUAACCACAAAAAAUACCACGAGGUGAGAUACAAAUGCUCAGAAUGCGGUCUGAUGCGAAGCGGUCGUCUCACAAUACGGGACCACUACACCGCGUACCACUGUCACGGAUACUAUCAAUACAACUGUCCGCACUGUCCUAAAUCAUUCAAGCGUCAAGUGUCGAUGAGAAAGCAUAUAUGUUACUCACACAAAAACAAGGAGCGAGUUAUUUGUGCAUAUUGCAACAAAAGCUAUGCCAGUAAAGAAGUUCUGAAGGCUCACAUGAUGAGGAGGCAUCCUAAGAAAGUGUCCGCUGGCGAGAAGUGCAAGCGCUGCGUGUGCGCGGAGUGCGGGCUGGCGUUCGCGUCGCCGUCGCAGCUGCGCAGCCACGGCCGCAAGCACUCGCUCAGCAGGGACUACUACUGCGUCGAGUGCGAUAAGAGCUUUAAAUCCGACUCUACAUUAAAACAACAUUUGAAAACCGCGUCACCUCACAUAAACUACAUAGAUCUACCAUUGCCUUGCACGCACUGUAACAAAAGGUUCGCGAUCCGAAGAGACCUAGAGAGGCACACUAACAGGGUCCAUUUGAACCUGAGACCUUACAAAUGCGAUCGCUGUGACAAGUCGUACGUGACGUCUUGGUGCCUGACUGAACACAAGCGGAUCAUCCACGAGGGGUACAAGCGGCCGAUGAAGUUUUCGUGUCCCAUGUGCGAUAAAGUGUUCGAUCGAAAUCACAUAUUAAAAACUCAUCUACGAACCCACACCGGCGAGAGACCCUACCAAUGCAGCAAGUGUCCCGCACAGUUCAGCCAAGCUGGCAUCCUCAACACGCACAUGAAGCUAAUACACCUCAAACUGACCAGAGAUGGUAGACCCAAGACGCUUGUCAAGAAAUAGUGAAACAAAUGACAUACCUAUAUGAGUAAAAAUAGAUUGGCAUUGUAUAUAAAAUGGGUUAUAAUAGACCUAGGGUUGCCAACUCUUCUUUGGUAAAAUAUAGUAUUUUUCAAAAUUAGCUAUAGAAAAAUAUAUCACACAUAAAUUAUAGUAUUUUAUGGAAAAUCCAAAAAAUAGACAGACAUAUUUUGUUAACUAUUUAUUUCUAUAAAAAAUAUUAAGACUGAUACGUACACGCAAUGCCAUCGCUGGAAAAUUGAUGUAAAGGGUCGUUCAUGUUUUAAAAUGGAGGAUAGGUUUGUUGGGUUUAGGUGUUGAAAAUAUAGUUUUUUUGCGUACCACAUAUUCAACAGUGUACAGGGUCAUUUUGACAUUGCGUUACUGAAUGAAACCACAGACUUAUCCACUUGGAACUAAAACUUUACAAAAAGUUACUUGAGCCCUAGAUGUAAAAUAAAUAGUGUAAGAUUCGAAUAAAAUAAAUAUUCAUAAAAAGUAAUUUUAAUGUUACGCGCAGGACUACUACUCUAAUAGAAUUCUUUGCAGCGGUAACAUCAUACUUUCAGUCAAUACACUCACGCACACGCCAUAUUCGCAUUAAACUACAAAUUUAUCAAAAAAAAAAAAACAAAACUACAACCAGGUUUUUUGGUGUAAAUAUUCGUUAUUAACGGAAGAUUUUUGGUACAAUGUCAGCAAAGGUGAAGACGAGUAUGGGGUUUCAUUCAACAACGCAAUGUCAAAAUGACCUUAUAUAGUACGCAGACACAAAAUAUAGUACAAUACGAUUAUAGUAUAGUUGGCAACCCUAAAUAGACCCGUUACAUUCAAGCGGGUCAUAAUCGACCCUUUUACGUAAAUUGUCUGUUUUGUGUAAAAAAUGUUUGAUAUCUAAUAUCUACAAACAAAAGUGACGCGACGAAAAUCCAAUGACUUCUAAUCGCGUAAGGACUACCCAAAGAUUACUGAAUAAAUUCCAAUAUUGUAAUUAGGAAAUAAAUUAUAAUGAUUAA